AUGAGCUUGCUUAGGAUAGGCGACGAGGCGUACUGGCUUCGAGUCGAGGAUCCCGAAGUGGACACCACGCCCCCCGAGACCUGCAGUACCACGCACGAGGCGUUGCUCUUCCGCGGCUCCAGCGCGACUCCGUUGGCCAGACUAGUUGCCUGUGGCCCACGAACUGGUUCCGGGUUCUUGGAGACGCUCCGAGGCCAACGCAUCGCGCUGCUGGUUCAGCGAAGCACCCUGUUUCCAGCUCGCAUCGUCGCGGCUGUCUGGGUUCACACGCCGUGUGCACCUCUGGUCUGUGGUCCGCAGCUAUGGAUCGUGCACGAAGACGGUGAGCUCUGCCGCUACGCGGAUUCUGGCUGCAGCUUGGGCGUCUAUAGACUCUUGCCGCGUGCUCCAGCGGCCGACACACAACCGGAGGGCAUACGCGCAGUCGCCGUCCAGCCACUGUGCGGGACUUGCACCUAUGUCGUUGCUUGGGUAAGCACUCGAAACCGUCUCUGGGCUGGGCGUAUUAGGCUGAACGUUUCAGACGACCUGAUUCGAAGUGGGAAGCUCACGAUAGCGAGCGAACCCUUGAACAGCGAAGAAGAUGCCGUGGACGUGCACCCGCUUCGAACACUGCCACCGGCAUUCGCUGGGGCAUCGAGUCUCGAGCUGUGCUGGUUAGCGGACGGUAAGCGACUGAGCAUUUGCAGCAACACCGGCGAGUGGUGGAUUGAUUCGAUCAGCUUUGAUGAGAACGUUGAUGUCGCAAUGACGGGAAACCUAGUCGUCGCCACGGAGAAGGUGCGCGACGCAACGACGAGCGCUGCGACUCGACGCUUGACGAGUGAUCGAUUGCGACUGGGGAGCGCUUCGCCAGACGGGCGCUACUGUAUCUGGAACACCGCUGAUGGUCGUCAUUUGCUUCUGGUUGAAUCAAGCACUACCAAAGUAUCUGUACAGCGCAGUUUGUACCGUAUACAGCAACCAGCCGGUCGCUGGAACGUGAUUCGAACGGAUGGACUUUGGUUGCCGUCACUCGGAGGGCAUCCGAAUGCCCACUGCUGCACUUUUUUGCGUCACGCGUUGAUGCAGCAACCCGACACGAAUACGCACUGGUGGUGCUGGAGCUUCCUAUCGCUUCCGAGUGGCGUCUCGCUGUCGAUCAUGGUGCGCUCCAGGCUCACCAGGGACUGGAACGGCCCUGGUGAACUCGUGAGUAUUCCAGAGCCAGAUGGAAGCACAUUGUUGUGGAUCCAGGAGAACGGUGCUCGCUCCCUUGCCCGGCUCCAGAGCGUUGCAACCUGCCAGCGUCCUCUCAUCGAGUGGGGCGUCAACGCACCGGGCGUUUUGCUAUACGAAGCGUUCGCGACGCGCUCCGUGAUCCCAACGCAAGGCCAAACAGAGGCCGUUGCCGGGCUUCGACCCAAUUCAGAGUGCGCUUCGUCUAGUCUGGAGCCCUGUCAUGGCUCAACGCUGACGCUGGCGGAUCUCGAGUGCCUGGAGGAUGCGGCAUCGCAGCCGACGAGCAAAGCCCCAAGCCAUAUCUUGGUGCUGGAGGAACUGCGAGCACAGCGUCUCCUCGUGGAUGCGGCAGAGCAGUGCGUUACAUGGGCUUUUCAUACCAUGGUGAACGAUACGUCUCGUGCGACUCGUUUGCUCGAAGCGGCUCGGUGGGCACUCGCAGCGGCCUGUUGGGAUAAUUGGCAUCAAAUGGACAACUGGCUUCGAGGCUCCCCCGAGAGUGCAUGCCGCAGUGAUAACACAUUGGAGCGCGUUCCCAGCGCGUACGGCAAGCGCUUAGCACGUGCAUGCUACUGGUGGCAUCGAGUGGUGCAGUGGCUUCGUUUUCGGAAUCGGCUGGCGACACUGAUGCCGCUCUCGGCUCAUCAGUUGCAACAACCUGGAAUGCUCAGACAGGUCAUCGGAAGUAUCGUGCGUUAUGCCGCUGCCACUGCGCUGAGUGGUGGCCAAGGCGUGCCGGCAACCGCAACGACAAGAACAUCAACAACAAGUACAACAGCAGCACACCAAGUCUCGAUUGAAGAGCGCAUCUCGGCGCUCUACGAUCUGAUCGAGGAAAGCCUCCAGCUGACUGUGUGCUUGUCGCGAGCGGAUAUCACAACGGCUUUCGCAGUGGCCUUGUUGCGCCAUGGCGCGGCUUACCAUCGAGAUGGAUGUCUCCAACGCGCCGAACAAUGGAUUCGGGCGCUUUUUCUGCCAGCGAGUCUUGCGGGCGAGAAGUGUACCCCUAUCCAGCAGGCGCUCUCAGAACGAAUGGCUCCCUUCCUGCGGUACGCAGCAGCCAGUGCGAUAGCUUUCCAAAUUGGUCUCGACCGGCUUGCGUACGAGCUAGCACUGACGGAGCCUGAUCCCGGUAGACGGAUCCGAGCGCUUUGUGGCCUCUCGGAUGCAACAGCGGCCGCACAGGCGCUGCAAGUGUUCGUCGGCUUCUAUCCACGCCUGUCGAUCGAGUAUCUGCUGAUUAUUUUGGAUUGGUAUCUGGAAAGGGACGCAAGUCUCCACGAGCUAUCAAAGACGCUACAGGCGUAUCCGAUGUUACAGGACAUCAUCCUCACUGAACUGAACCAACGCGGCGACAAAAUCACCUACGCGCAAGUGCUCAGGUUACUGGGGCGGCGAGCGAGGCGUGUCACCGAAGCGCCGCCCCUCGAUGAUCGCAUCGCGUUCGAGCACAAGGAGCCAUCGCCAGGCGCGAAUAGAUCACGAUUCUGGAGUCUGGCCCAGUGGCUGGACUGGGGCAGUGUCGGAGUCGGCGAUCAAGCGCCCGAGAUGUCGCAGGGUCAGUUGCUGCCUCGCUUGCGGGCUGAUCUGACACAAACAUUGCAGGCGAUGCCACGCGCAACAACAUUGGCACCGAUCCUGGAAGAAUGCUUGGCUGCGGACUGGGUGCGGAUCCCAGCGAAACUGUUGAUCGCUGCAUUGCUUCUUGAUAUCAUGCAGCCAGCGACGACGAAUGUGCAUCGAACACGUUCCGAGCUUGCGUCCAGGUGCCUCAAGGUGGAGGCGCGAUGGGCCCAACACGUUGCGCUUGUGCUCUUGAAAAAAAGGGCCUUGCCGUAUGCCGCCGACUCCUCUGAGGCAUUGGAACCUGAGUACCUACGUGCCCGAUGGAUGACGUACCUGACGCAUUUGGCGAAUCUGGCGACGCGGAACCGGCGAGUUGCCGCUUCAACGCCUUUCAUGGGGGCAUCAGCGAGCGUGCUGCGCUCGGCUGCGAGCGGCUUCCAUCGACAUCGUGCAGGGCAUUCGGGCAUGCCGCGCGAUGCGUUCACUGCCGCCGCCGAAUCGACUGGGCUGCCGUGGGGGCGCCCUGCAUCGCCCUUGGCCGACUGGGAUCGCCAGCUGCUUCUGGAUAUGUGCCUGACCAUUUGGUCGUCACGGGUCUCCGGAGCCGAGCGAGAGACUCUGCGGCAAUGUAUUCGUGAUGUCCAAGCGAGUCUCGAAGACGAGGCGCUACGGCAAACGUACGCCGAGCGAUGGCAGCGACUGGAACACAUCGAAUCGGUGGCUCCGGGCCAGUCGUAG